UGUGUCGUCCCUGCUCCGCAGCGUUGUCCACCACAAUUUCAUUUUGCUUUGCCAUCGCAAUCCGCAGAGAUAUCUUCCUGAUGUUUCCUCGAUCCCUAGACUUCAUCUUCUUCCACUUUGCGCCUCUCUCUCUCUCUCUCUCUCGUAGUAGUACUCUGAAUUUGUGUGCUUUGCGGAGGUCUGAACCGAUAUUCCCCCAUCCUUUGCCAAGUUAGGAGCUAUGGCGGCCCUCACUGUGGCUUCCUCCGCCUGCGCUGCCUUGCCCGCUGCGCCCGUUGCUUCCCUCUCGCAAUCGACUUUCUCCACCGCUUCAACUGUCCGGAUGACGCCCUUGAAGGUAAACAGGCGGUUGUGCGUCGUUGCCAUGGCUACUCCCCCGAACCGGGAAGACGUCAAGGACAAGAUUCCUAAUGCUAUUGCUGAGGCUCAGAAGGCCUGUGAAGAGGAUCCUACUUCUGCCCCAUGCGCCGUGGCAUGGGACGAGGUGGAGGAGUUAACAGCUGAGGCUGCCCACCAGCGCGACCGAGAGAAAACCUCAGGCGACCCCCUUGAGAAAUACUGCGCAGACAACCCCGAAUCUGAUGAGUGCCGAACAUAUGAGGAUUAGAAUACAGGAAUGUGGUUGCUACUGGUAUUUUACAUGCAACACUGCGCUGCGUUAAUUUGGAAUGAGCGUUUUCUAGGCUGUAUACUAUACGCGGUGCUACCGUUGUACAGAAGUAUUGGUAUUCUUUAGAGGAGUAUUCUGGAAUCCAAGUUUUUCUAACCAUCUAAACCGCACUCCUGAUUUCCACUC